GUAUGGGUCACUCACUGCUUGCUCUUCUUCUCUCAUUUGCCUUUGCUAUCAAUAGAAUCGAUUGUGUUUCUAUUGACAGGUAUGAACCCAUGUGGUAAUGUUAGGGGUCCCACUUGUAUGGUCAAUGUACUCCCGGUAUCAUAUACAGUCUUUACAAUCACGAUACCCGCCUACUGCAGGCGACGGGCUGACAGCAUCAAUCUCAUCAUAAUCACAAGCAAAAUGAAUCAGGUAGCGAUUGAACACUCCAUCCGACAAGCCCUUAUCAACUUCGAUAAAAAGCUAACUGAGAACCACGUUGAUAUUCAAUGUUCCCAAUCUCGAUGUUGUAGGGUCAACUGCACGACUUGGAUCUACCUCGUAGCCGGUAGCCGGUAGGCGGAAAUUUGGAGCACCGGGCAUCGACCUUGCAAUCGUAUGCCUCUGUUAGCGUCGGCCCGUCAACCUUUUUUGAAGAGAUCCGGCUGUCCCACCCUCAAUCUGCUGGUACUAGCCUAGUACUAGAUAGAUAGUCUUAGUGGGCAGAUGCUUCUAGGUAGAUAAACCUCACUCCAAAGGUCUC